CAACAGUGACUGAAUUCUCUGUCUUCCGGAUCAAUCAGGGUCUGUCGAAGACCACCACGAACAUUGCGUGAGAAGUGAACAAAGAAUGGCCCGGUGGCCUUUGGCGGCGUUAGGAACUCUGCCCCGUUCCCCUCUGCCGGGCGGCACCGUACCUGACAGCAUUGGCCAGAUGCUACUCCACAAGAUCUUAUUGUGCUGCCUGAUGUCUACUCAUACCCACUGCUUGACCUCUUUCCUCUUUCUGUGUCGCUCUUGGUGCCCUGCUGCUGGUAGUCUAUGGCAUGCCUGAUACCCGUUCUUCGAGCGCUUCUCAUUUUGACUGGACUGGUGUACCGCGCAAGCGCGGUAGGAGUGACGAACGCGACUUGUACACAGAACCUCUGGACAGCGAAUCUCGAGGGCCAGUCGCCCUGCCUUGUCUGGGCACAACUACAAUCGUUGUGUCUAAAUUCGACUGUGGUAUAUGUCUUAAUCAACGUACCGCCUGGAGAACAGUACGAGCCUCCCUUCCUCACCGACCAAAUAAAUCCGUGCACAUGCAACGUCGUUUCGUACAACCUCAUGGCUGCAUGCUCCUGGUGUCAAACCGGGAUCACCCUAGACAGCUGGGUUCCAGAAGACACAUGGAAAAAUGGAUGUCAGGACUAUGAUGCCACUGGCCUCCCUUCCUCCGUCAGCCUAGGGGCCAUCGAGAUCCCCUCCUGGGCGUACGUGCCCGCGAACGGCACUUACUGGAACCCGACCAUCGCAGAGGCGCUUGUCAGUGGAUCAGCUUCUUCUUCCCAGCCAGGGUUAAUCAGCUCCCCAACGAAUACCCCGAGCGGAGGUACGACUACUUCAAGCACGGUGUCGCAAACGGGGACGAGCUCGACGUCUACGUCUUCAGGAACACCUGUGGGGGGGUUGGUUACCUCUUCGGGCGGAUCACAAUCCUCUGACACGCCAUCACACACCACUAACACGUCAAAUCUUACAGGCGCGGCACCAUCAGGUGGCAAUACGGCUUCUCCCAGCACCCAGCCUACUUCUCCUACCCCAGUUGGAGUAAUAGUCGGUGGUGUCGUUGGUGGCGUGGCCAUUCUUGCCCUCCUCGGGCUAUUGUUGUUCUUCCUCCUCCGCCGGCGACGCUCCCAAUCAGAACUGCGUACCACGCUCGACAUAUCCGAGAUGGACCCGCCAGCACCCGUCCCGUUCAUGAUCGGUGGCGGUCCCAUGCUAGGAGGACGACUGAGCACCCAGAAUGCAGGUACGCCGUUCAAGAUGGCCUCCGCACCACCGCCGAGAAACCCUAGGUUGGCGUACACACCCACACCCCUUAUGCCGUGGGAAGGCACGCCUGUCUCCACCAACAGCGGGAACGGCUACGGCUCACGCGGGGAGCUGACUACCCCCGAUGCGCUGGGGAUUCUGCGUUCCUCUCCGCCUCAGCCACCAGACGAAGCCACCCCGGUCCCCUGGUCUUCACCUCUCAUCUCCUCCCCCUCUUCUGGAAGCAGAGCAGGGAGCGCCACGGGGAGUGGGGCUACCAGUACCUCUCCACCGCGAAGCGAGUACCCACUUUUACCUUCUGAGGCCGGUGUUAACCCUAACCGAUAUUCGUACGACACAUCUGGAGAGGUACUGCGCAGUCCUACGCUGCCGACGUAUGAGCAGGCAAGGGCGGCAGAGAGGAGGGCGAGGAUGGAGCGGAGACGGGCUGAGAGGGAAAGAGGGCAAGGGAAACGACCAUGGCAUGCUGGCCUUCCGAGCACAUCAUGA